AUGAGUGAACCCGAGGCAGCAAAGAACGUGGCUUCCUCCAACUCUGCAGAUGAGAAGCGGCAGAUACAGCGACACGGACACCCCGGCCUUUUGUCCCUGGAGCCCGGAGCCAAGAUGGAGGACACAACCACAGUGAAGGCCACGUACAUCCACCACCAGAGCCCAGGGGUCCGGCUGAAGGGACGGAGAGUCGAGCUGUUGGAGAAACUCAUCGCUCACGACACCAGGGAGCAGAUAGAGCAGCAGAUGAAGCCUGCCGUCUGUGAGUCCGAGUUCUGCUCAACCUCACAGCAGAGCUUCACCGUCCAGGGCUUCGUGCCGCUGUGGGAGCGACUCACACCGGUGCACGACUACAGAUCCGAGAACAGCAUCACGUUCUGGAGCGAGAACUGCCAGCAAGUCCAGGGGGUGACACCAGUGCGAUCCGCCACAGAACCGUUCAAGAAGUGCUCCCAGUUCAGUCGACCAAUCAGCGAGAGGCUGGAUGAGCAGACUCCGCCCCUCGAGGACUGA